ACUGUUAAAAUCUUACCGCCAAAAUGUAUCCAAUUGUUAUCAUUCUCCCGCCACAGCCCGCAACUAUUCUUUUUGCUAAAUAUAUUCUUUCUUUCUUUUUUUUUUGCAAUAUGCAAAAUUUUUAUAGAAAGGUUCUGAAUUGGACAAAGAUCAAUCAAUGGUUAACAGCUAUUUGCUGCUCGUUCUUCCGUAGUUUAUCUUCAUUUUCAUACUCCUCCAGAAUCUGGGUUGCCUCACUAUUCCGACAAAAGUCCUAGAAAGAAAAUGGAUGAAAGUGGCAAAAAUGGUAAGAGAAAAUGCAUUUUGAAGAAAUAUAAUACUCCUGAUACUAACAAUAGCAUUAGCAGCAAUGGUAAAGAAGACAGAUUGAGUUCUCUACCAGACUUCCUCCUCGGCCACAUUAUCUCUCGUCUCAACAUUAAUUAUGCAGUCGCCACAUCUAUCCUAUCUCGUAGAUGGCGCGGCCUCUGGUCCCGAUUCGCCACUCGCUUUUUCUUCGACUACUACAACUUCCCGUGCCAGUUUGCCUCCAAAUACAAUGGCUCUAGAACCCAAUUCCUCAUAUUCAUCGAUCACAUACUCCGUCAACUUACCUCUUCCCAAAUCCUCCACUUCGAUCUCAUUAUCGACUAUCCUUGGGAAGAUCAUGAAAGGGAGCUCUUUUCCUCCUUUUUGCAAUCCUGGUUUCAUCAGAUUUACAGCCGAAAUAUAAAACAACUCAAGGUGAUAGUUGGAAUUCAUGAUUAUAAGCCUUUAAUUCGAUUGCCACAUUAUAUUUUUGAGUGCCAAUCGCUUCAAGAACUCGAAUUGUGUGGCAAUCUUUAUUGUAAAUUGCCUGAGAAUAGAAUUAUUAUUCUUCCCAAUUUAAAGAAGCUCGAUAUUUAUAUACCUGCUUUGAAUUGUGGAACCAUAAGUACACUAGCCACACUAAUUAAGUCUUGUCCACUUCUGGAAAUAUUAAUUUUGGCAUUGAAUUUGUCAUUUGAUGAAUUUGUUAUGAAUAUAUGUGCUCCGAAUUUGAAGCAUUGUCGUGUAGAUAUGUUUGGAGCAUCACCGCGCAGCAGAAUUGUGAUUGAUGCACCUAAGCUGAAAGACAUUGGAAUACAUGGUAGUUUGGCAAUUUAUAGCUUUGUCAACCAUCCAUGUAGAUUAUUAGGUGCAUAUAUUGGCUUAUUGACAUCUAGUAUUCAAGGUCGAAAGGACUAUUUUAGCUUGUUAUCAGACCUUAUUCAAGGAAUUUCGAGCAUUAACUGCAUUCGCUUGGCGCAUACUCUUGCUAUAGUCAACAGUAUCCACUCUAUGGAUGUUAAUGUCAGGCCGAGCUUCCACAAUCUAACGAGCCUGUUCUUGGAGAAUGCUUCAAGGGAACUUGUGAAUUCAACAGCUCCAAUACCCGCUUAUAUGUUAAGAAAUCUGAAGUACGCAGAAAUUCUGAAGCUCACGGGCGAUGAUUCUGAUGUAAAGUUCUUGAAGUACAUUUUACUGAAUGCACCCGUGUUGGAGAAACUUUAUGUUGAUGUUUAUAACUUUGAUGAUUACGAAAGUGAUGAUGGCGAGAAAAAACAAUUAUGGAGGGAAUAUAAGUUCUGCAGGGCGGUGUUUAUGCUUCCGAAGAUAUCAUUUAGUUGUGAGAUUGAGUUUGAUGGUACCUAUAUAAGUAAAGUAUCAAGUAAGGCGUUCGGCGAUGGAAAAAGUAUGAUCAAUUACUUUGGACGCCUAUUGUCUGAAUGAAUUAUGCAAUCAGCUCUCUUUGAUAACCUCCUUGCCGGCAUUCUCUCACCAUUUCCCCUCCAUUCAACCCACAGCCGCCAUGGCUGCCUAUGUCUUGAUGGGAAGCUUCAACUUGCUAUCUACUUCUAGCUUUAAACUGUUUGUAAAUUGUAAUAGUAUUUAAUCAACUUUCUGUUUGUUUUUUUUGCUACUCAAUGUGAAUGGUAAUUAUUACAAAUUUAUGCUUUUUUUUUUUGGAAUUGACUUUCCGAAAUAUGCUUAGGAUGGAUGAGCAAAUGAUAUGCUGAAAUAUAAGCAUAGAUUAUUGGAAAUUGCACUUUGAUUGUUCAAAUUUGGAGUGAGAUAUUAGAAGAUUUAAUUAGCAUUGCUGUU